AUGGUCCAACAUCCUCUGUUCCUUUUCUUUCUUUCUUUCUCUCUGUCUUUCUUUCUUUUCUUUCUUUCUUUCUUUCUCUUUCGUUCUUUUUCUUAUCCUCUGUUUCCUUUUCUUUCUUUUCCCACUUUCUUUCUUCUUUCCCUUUCUUUGACAAAACUUUUCUCCUCCAUUUCCCUUUUUCUUUCUUUUCCUUUUUCGACAUUUUUUUUUCGUUCUUUUGUAAUAACAUCCUCUGUUCCUUUUCUAUCUUUCUCGUUUCCUUUCUGGUCUGUUCAUUUUUUCUUUCGUUCUUUUAUUCUUCCUCUUCCUUUUUCUUUUUUCUUUUUCUUUUUUCUUCUUUUUCUUUUUUUAUGGUCUUCCUCUGUUUUUUCUUUCGUUCUUUUCUUUUCUUUUCUUUCUUUUGUUGUUUCUUUCGUUCUUUUAUGGUCUAACAUCCUUUCUUUCUUUUCUUUCUUUCUUUUUCUUUUUCUUUCUUUUUCGUUCUUUUAUUCUUUCUUUUUUUCUUUCUUUUUUCUUUUUUCUUCUUUCUUUCUUCUUUCUUUCGUUGUUUUCUUUUCUUUCGUUGUUUCUUUUUUCUUUGUUUUUUUUCUUUCUUUCUUUCUUUUCUUUCGUUCUUUCUUUCUUUUUCUUUUCGUUCUUUCUUUUUCUUUCUUUUCUUUCUUUUUAUGGUCUAACAUUCUGUUCCUUUCUUUCUUUUGUUUCUUUCUUUUUUCUUUUUUCUUUCUUUCUUUCUUUUUUUGUUUCUUUCAUCCUCUUUUUCCUUUUCUUUCUUUCUUUCUUUUCUUUUUUUCUUUUCUUUCUUUCUUUCUUUCGUUGUUUCUUUCUUUUGUUCUUUCUUUUCUUUCUUUCUUUCUUUCUUUCUUUUUGUUUCUUUCUUUUCUUUGUUUCUUUUUUUGGUCUAACAUCCUCUGUUCCUUUUUUCUUUCUUUCCUUUUUCUUUCUAUCUUUCUUUGUUUCUUUCUUUUUAUGGUCUAA